UCUCUCCCUCUGACUUUCUUCUUCUCCUCUCUCUCUCUUGCAUUCGAUUGGAUUGGUUUUAUACAAACAUCCAUGUGGGUUUUCUGAGAAGAAUCUACCGAAGAAGCUCCAUGCAACCCUUUUCACUCCAUUAAAAUUUUUUUCUUCUUCUUCUUUUCCUCUCUUGCAGAGGGAUUUUUCUUCUUGGGACCAGCUACAACGAAAAACAAGAAAAAAAGAAGAGAAAAUGAAGGAGGAAUUCCUCAAGAUCCAGACUUGUGUUCUCAAAGUGAAUAUACAUUGUGAUGGGUGUAAGCAGAAAGUGAAGAAGCUCUUACAGAAGAUUGAAGGGGUGUAUACAGUCAGUAUAGAUGCAGAGCAGCAGAAGGUUACAGUCUCAGGAAAUGUGGAUUCUGCAGCUUUGAUCAAGAAGCUGGUUAGGGCGGGUAAGCAUGCAGAACUCUGGUCUCAGACAUCCAACCAAAACAAGAAACCCCAACAGGCCCAAUGCAUCAAAGAUGAUAAAAGCACCAAAAACCAGAAGCAGGACUUUAUGAAGGGCCUGAAAGCUUUCAAAAACCAGCACAACUUCCCCAGCUUCAGCUCAGAGGAUGACGACGACUUUGAAGAUGAAGACGACAUAGAUGAGGAGGAAGACCUCAGGUUUCUUAGAGAGAAAGCUAGCCAUUUGGGUCUUCUCAGGCAAGCAAAUGGGCCCAACAAUGCAAAUAAAGCUGUUGCAGCAGCUGCAGCUGUAGCUGCAAACACUAAAGCUGGUAAUGGGGGUGGAAAUAGGAAUGUUGGAAAGAAAGGUGGUGGCAAUCCAAAUCAGAAUGCUGGGUUGAAGAAUGCAGGUGGCCCACCAGGUCAAAAGAACAUCAAUGUUGCAGGCAACAGCAAGAUGAACAGUGUUGCCCACUUGGGUGGGAUGGGAAAUCCAAAUGGUGGGGAGAUAAAAAAGGGUAACGAAAUCAAUGGAAUGGGACUUGGAUUUCACCCUGGCCAUGGUGCUGGUGCAGUUGGACUUGGAGGCAAUGGGCUAGGUGGGCUCCAAGCAUUCCAAGCCCUUCAAGCUCAGCCCAACAACUUUCAAGGGUCUGGAUUUCCAGCUACUGGGUUUGGUGGGGGACUUCAGCAACCAUCACCCAUGAUGAUGAACAUGCAAGGGUACCAGCACCAUCCAUCACCUAUGGGCAUGAACAUGAACAUGCAGAGCAGGCCCAACAUCAUGCAUGAGAAUAGAUACAUGCAGCCUCAGAUGAUGUACAAUAGAUCCCCUGUAGUCCAUCCAUACACUGGCUACUAUCACCACAAUCCACAGCCAAAUUACCAAUCAGAGAAUGCUGACUAUGGGACCCACAUGUUUAGUGAUGAGAACACAAGCAGCUGUGCUAUCAUGUAGAGAGAGAGAGAGAGAGAGAGAUGUGGGAGUUUGUGUUUAGAACUGUUUGUGAUAGUGCUUUGGUUUCUGUUUAAGUGUCUUUUCAUUAGUUUGGUGUGAUGGGAAUGUCUUUUGAAUGUUUCCUUUGAAGGUUAGUUAAGAUGUGAUAUUUUCU